GCAUGGCAUUGAGGCUAGUGUCUUUUUUACAAAUUCAACUCAAAUACAAUUAUUCUCAAAUUAAAAUGUUUGGAGCAGGGCACAAUGAAUCCAAUGAAUCCCCGGAUAUUCAAGGAAGGAAAGCAGUUCAGCUACUGGAUUUGCCGAUUGAUGUCCUGGAUAUGGUGAUGUCCCAUUUGGACCCUUGGCACCACCAAAUGUGGCGUAGUGUGUCAGAGGAGCUGAAACAAGUUCACAAUUCGUUUAUCUUGCACCACCACAAGUGCUAUGAGGUGGCCCAUCGGGAAACGCCAAUGGAGAGUAUCAGGGUGCGGGACACAAGGAUCAUGCUGCAGAUUCUUCGGCAAUCUAUCGCUUACUUUCUCCACGAGGGUGUCGCCGAGUCGCGCAUCGGUGACAGUCUGAUGACCUUCCACGAAGAGCUACCCUUAAGUUAUAACGAAGAAGGUAUCCCGGAGGCUGACCCCCUGACAAGAUUCCUUGGUCGAUUCCUGCUUGACCUGGACUUAGGUACUGAUGCCAAGAGAGAAGUUCAGAACAAACGCCUCCACUAUACGAUGGCGGUAUUUGGCCUUUUGAGACAAUUCCGAAAAUUUAAAGUCUCUCAGUGCGGCAUGAAGCUACUGCACUGGCAUCUGCAGGUGGAGUUGGCCAACAUCUGCCUCGGAGGCAUUGACGAGCGCGAAGAUAAAUCACACUUUGUGGAGGCCGUCAAACGAAUCUACUUCAUAAACAUUAUUGCCGAGCUGCUCUUUUACGAUAAGUUGAACAAAAACUUUUGGGGACACAAGAAUACAGAUAAUUUUGUAUGCACCUAUGGAAUCGGACCCUCGUCUUCUGACAAUUCGCGACUUUUGCUAAAAUUCGUAGUGUAUGCUCCGAAGAGUGUAGUCGAUCUGCUGCAGGAUGUCAUUGCCGGAAAGGACGAUCCCAGCAAACCGUUCCAUAUGCCACCAGAGUCGGACUUUAGUGCUCACGUCGAAAUCAAAUCUGUGUGUGCCCGCAAAUUCAUGUAUUCUGGCACCUUGCAUCUCAACAUUUUGAGGUUGGCUGAGCUGGUCUAGAUGAACAUCACUUUUUACAUGAGUUCGGUUUUGCACCCUCAUAAAAUAAAAGUCAUUUCCAUUUGAA